GACAUGAAACAUUCAAGAAAACAUAAUGAUUUCAAAUGGGCGAUCAGUCUUGAUCGGUUCAUGUUAAGAGUCGUGGGUUUAUGGCCGCCAGACAAUUACGACACUCGUGAGGCAGUGAAAUCGAAAAUACGGCUACUAUACAAUAUUAUAACAAUGCUCUUCGUACUUAUAAUACCGACUUUAAUAUCGCUAAUAAGGGUAUGGGGUGAUAUGAUUUUAAUGAUAGAAAACAUGCAAUACAGUUUGCCAUUUAUGAGUACAAUAUUCAAAAUCAGCAUUAUUUGGUACAAACAAGCAGAUUUAUUACCUCUAAUUAACAUGAUGGAGAGAGACUGGAUGAAACCGAAAACAAAAGAGGAGCGAGAUGUUAUGCUGAAUCGUGCAAGGAUUAUACGCGUAAUUGCCAUUUGCGGAAUAUCCUGGGCACUUUGUGGAAUAACAAUUACUUUCAGUUUUCCAUAUUUUGGUCUAAGACUCAGGCAGGUGACGAACCUAACCGAUUUUGGAAAACCAUUGCCCAUACCAUCGUAUUACUUGCACAAUGUUUCCAAAAGUCCGCAGUACGAAUUGACACUACUGAUGCAAAGCAUUACGGCUACCGCAUGUGGUUGUUCCUAUACUACGAUCGACCACUUUCUCGGACUAUUAGUUUUGCACAUAUGCGGCCAACUGGAAAAUCUACAUUUGCGAUUGUCACGCAUGGAAAAGUAUUCGAACUUUAAUGCGGCUCUUGAAUACAACGUACAGGAUCACAUCCGCAUAAUCAGGUCCGUCGACAUUAUCGACCAUACGUUUAAUUCAAUGUUACUUGUACUGGUGCUCUAUUUCGGCGUAUUAUUCUGCUUCCAAGCGUUUCUUAUAGUUGAAGUUGUGAAUCGAAAGGGCCAAUUAUCCUUGACCCAAAUGAUUUGGUUCGUCGCAGCUAUCAUAUAUAUUCUGAUGCACAUGUGCCUUUAUUGUAUUGUCGGCGAAAUACUCGUCAUGCAAUCUGAGAAAAUACAUCAAGCCACGUACAAAUAUCCGUGGUAUAAUAAAGAUCCAAAAGUAGCAAAAAGUUUAAUGCUGAUUAUGCUGCGCGCUAGUAAACCACUUUAUAUCACAGCCGGGAAGACAUUUCCCAUGACAAUGGCAACGUUUUGCAACGUAAGUUAUUUGCCAUACAAAAAGCGCGUUAUUAUGAUAUUUUCAUUGGCUUUUCAUUGUGCACUUAGUACGAAUUCGAAAACCAGAUCAAUUAAUGCGCUAGUAUGUUUUUCAAGUUAUUUGAAACUCUAUUCUUAAUACGUUAUGUUUAAUUAUUUUGUUUAUAUUGAACAUAUUAUCUAGCAUCGCACCUCUAGCUGAAAAUGCUUGUUUAAAUCAUGUACUUUUUAAAUUGUCAUUAUUUAAAAUGAAUUUAUGUAUUAUAUGUAAA